AUGCCGGACUCCUUCGCCGUCCACUUCCUCAAGGUGCUGAAGGAGCUGCUGGCCUUCGUGCUGUUCAGUUACACCGUGCUGGUCGGGGCGCUGCUGCUUGCCGGCUGGACGACCUACUUCUUGGUGCUUAAAUGAGAGCUCUUCUGCUGCUGCUGCUGCAGCCGCAGGCCGGCCAGAGGCAAAGGCUCCACCGUGCAGCUCGUCCUCAGUACACGGGAUGGCAGUCCCUUCCUCCUGCGCCAACUCUGCAAGCGUUUUGUUUCGUUACUGCCUAAUGACAAUCUUAUUUCUUAUGUAAAAAGACUAAAGAUUAAAAAAAGAAGUAUCUACAGGCAUGCACUUUAAC